GUCGGUCAUACAGUAUCAUUUAUUCACCUUGCUGGUCGCUGCCGUCAUCAGAUCGCGUCUUUCAAAACCCCACACCGAAGCGGGAAUCCAGCAUCUUGGCAGACGUUCCAACAGACGGCCCUCCCUUUUCUUUUUUUUUUGGCCCUGUUCGAACACGAUUUCUUUUUCGCAUCUUGACUCAUUUCACAUUGCUUAUCGCGACAAACAAAUCUUGAGAGAGGUAGAAAAGAAAAAGGAAGUGAGGAAAACAUAGAUUGCAACUCUCAACGACAAUAGGACACAAAUAAAAAUUUGGCAAACCCAAAAAGAGCCAUGAGCGCAUUCACGUCUUCGGGGAGGGGUGGCGCAGGCAACAUUGUCGACAAGACUAAGUCGCCUCGCAUCGAGCCCAAGGACCUCGAGACGCCGACGCUCAAGACCUCUGUCGUCACGACGGGGAGGGGCGGUACCGGCAACAUGGCAAAGAAUGUAGACCCUGCCGAGACGCGCGCUAUGCAGGACGUGUCGCCGGUACCCCGCCAAGAGCUGAGUGGUGGCACCCACAUCGGCCGUGGCGGCACCGGCAACGUCUUCAAGCCCAAGCCCGAGGACGAGGAGAUGGGCAACGUGCAGCAUAAUGCCGAAAAGCCGCAGGAGGGCGGCGGCAAGGAACCCCAGCAAGCAGCCCAGGGCGACGCCGUCGGCUUCGAGGAGCAGGACAAGGCGGACAACCAGGGUCUGGCGGCCAAGGGGAAGCAGUGGUUGUUUGGCAAGAAGUAAAAAAAACUUCCAGGGGCACUAUUGUGUCGGUAGGGUGUCUUGGGUGUGAGCUCUGGGAAUUUUUUUUUUUUUUUAAUUAGGUACAUGCUGAGUCCCGAUAUCCGGGUCAUGGGGGUUUGACGGAUAAUUGCUUUUUUUCUGUUGUGCUGAUGCUGAGUCUAUGGCGUUGAUUUUGUCUUGAUUUCUACACACGUCCCCUCUUGUGUAGCUUUGUUUAUACCCCUCUUCUAUGGCAGCAAUCGAUUUAUCUAUUACACUCGAUAAAGAAAAAAGUCAAAAUCUUUCCAUCGUUUGA